GCCAGAACGAUGAGCAUCACGAUGUAAUAAUGUAAACAAUAUACUGUGCUUUCUCGUCUUCUUCAUCAUGAAAUGAUCCAGCUAAGUUUCUUCGGUUUCUACAUAUUACCCACAAUGGAGGAAUUCGAUCUCAAUCUCAUCAGCCUCUUCCGAUUCGUGCCCACAGCUAUUUGUGAUUCCGUUUCUUGAAAUCAAAGUCUCGUCUUUCCGUCGCGUGUUUCUGACGCCUUCUCAGAGUUGCCCGGAAUGUGUUCGACGAAAUUACCCAAAGAACUACAUGGCGCCGGUCAGUUGUUGUUUCCGUCCAUUCCGAGCGAGAAGGUGGAAGAUCAAAUCACUGGUUCCGAACCCGCAUUCAGAAACGGAAGAGGAGAGGAGAUUUGACAGCUUGGAAUCAUGGGAAGAUGUGUUUCUUGAAUCAGAUGAUGUUGAAGAAACAGGGGAGGGUUUGAAGGAGGAAUGGGCGGCGGAUCUUUCUCAGCUGUUUAUAGGGAACAAGUUCGCUUCGGGUGCGCUUAGUAGGAUUUACAGAGGAGUUUAUAAGCAGAGAGCUGUGGCUGUGAAGAUGGUGAGAGUUCCCAGUCAUCAUCAUCAUGGGUUGGGGAAGGAGACGACUAGAGCCUGUCUUGAACAACAAUUCAUCUCUGAAGUUUCCCUUCUUUCCUCCCUCUACCAUCCCAACAUUGUGCAGUUCAUUGCUGCAUGUAAAAAGCCUCCUGUGUACUGCAUAAUCACAGAGUACAUGCCACAAGGAACACUGAGGAUGUAUUUGAACAGGAAAGAACCAUACUCACUUCCAAUAGGAACAGUCCUGAGGUUAGCUCUUGAUGUAUCCCAUGGAAUGGCGUACCUCCAUUCGAAGGGCGUGAUUCACAGAGACCUAAAGUCAAGCAACUUGCUCCUCGACGACGAAAUGCGCGUCAAAAUUGCAGAUUUUGGGACCUCUUGUCUUGAAACGCAGUGCCGCGGGGCAAAAGGGAGUAUGGGGACUUUUCGGUGGAUGGCUCCAGAGAUGAUCAAGGGGAAGCCGUGCACGCGCAAAGUUGAUGUUUACAGCUUUGGCAUUGUGCUGUGGGAAAUCGCCACUUCUUUGUUGCCUUUCCAAGGAAUGACUCCUGUGCAAGCUGCCUUUGCUGUUUCUCAUAAGAAUGAGAGACCGCCGUUACCUGCUAGUUUCCAACCAGCGGCACUGGCGCACCUAAUAAGGCGCUGCUGGGCAGCAAGCCCGUCAAAGCGGCCUGAUUUCGUCGACAUAGUUUCUGCAUUAGAGAUAUAUGAUGAGCAUGUGAGAGAAGGUCUUCCCCUUGCUUUCAACUCCGGGCUGGUAAGUAGAAACGCCAUUGUUGAUUGUUUCAAAGGCUUCAAAUCCACCAGUUCAUCCCCGCCUCUGCAUGUCUAAGUAUAGGUCUUGUUUGGGAACAACGUUUUCAACUUAAUUGUGCGAUUAUAAAAUGUUGUCAUUGGAUAGUAUUUUCAAAACGCAUAAGUUGUUGCCAAACGGGCACUAUUUUUAACAAGUGAUACCGAAAUAUGUUGUACAUAUAUGGCAUGUUUAUAAAUUAUACUCCGUAAUUAGAAUAUAAAGUUGAAAUAAACAUGUUCGUGGUCC